CCUACCAGGGCUCCCCCACCUUACCCCCCCACAUCAGUCUGUCCUGCUUCCAGCUGCUGCAGCCGCGCCUUCGCUGCCUCAGCAUUCAUCAGCCCCCUGCUCCGGCUCAGUAUGGCCACCCCAACACAGAGCCCCACAAAAGUUCCUGAAGAAACAGAUCCAUUUUACUAUGACUAUGCCACCGUGCAGACUGUGGGGAUGACCCUGGCUACUAUCAUGUUCGUGCUGGGGAUCAUCAUCAUCCUCAGCAAGAAGGUGAAGUGCAGGAAGGCCGACUCCAGGUCUGAGAGCCCAACAUGCAAAUCCUGUAAGUCAGAACUGCCCUCCUCAGCACCUGGAGGUGGCGGUGUGUAGGACCUUCUGCAGAUCUCCACUGCUGUCCCUGGCCGGAGCGCAGGAGCCCGAGGACCGGGUGAAGGCGGUGGGGACCCAGCCUGGCGCCGGGGAGUAUGCCCCCAAUGAGCCGCCGCACCCAUCCCAAGGCAGGAGCCACUGCACCCCGCUGUCCUUCCCCAGGCCUUGGCAACGACGAUCCCCCAAAGAGCCCAUUUGCUCCCCAGACCCAGAGACUCAGGCCUCCAACUCCUGGGAUCCAGGAGUCCGUCCCCAGUUCCCUGGGAUCCUCAUUUCCCUUUCUCCUGCAUUUCCUGGUCUUCUCCAGGACCUUUCCGGCUGUCCCCUCAGGGUCCACGUGUUAAGCUUAAUAAAUGUGCAUUCGUUUUUCCCCUC